AUGCAAUUAUACAUUGUCCCUCGCUUCAAGCAACGCUACACCUUCUUUUGCCCUGAUAUUACUUCAAUUAUUUCUACGCUUGAUUUUUUAAGAGUUUCUGAUAUUUUAGUCAUUUUAUGGCCAAUUGAAACAACAAAUUUACAUAUUGCACAUAGUCGCUUAUUGGAUGUUAUUACUGCACAUGGAUUCCCACCAACAUUUAAUUUGGUCUUAACACUUCCCGCUUCUGGAAAACAACGUGAUUCAACACGAAAAGCGCUUGAGAAGCUUAUGGCGCCUUGGGCAAAAGACUCUCGAAUCUACGAUUUACAAGGCGGCAGUCCUCUUCAAAUUCUUCGACAAAUUUCCACUGCACGCAAGAUCCGCUCGAAUCUACAAAAAUUGAAGCCUUACUUAAUUGCUGAAAAUGUUCAAAUAAUUAAAACUGAAGUUAAUUCAGAUUCUUUCUCCCUUCUCAUUUCUGGUUAUUUAAAUGGUGCUCCUUUAAAUGUUAAUGGGUUGGUUCAUAUUUCUGGUUGUGGUGAUUUCCAAUUGAGUCAAGUUGUAUUUGAGAAUGAUCCGCAUCCAUUAAAACAAUCCAAGAAGGCGGAAUCAAUGGAAAUACUCAGAGCUAUUAAAACCGAUCCUUUGAAGCAAACACAGCUUGAUAGUGAGAUUAUUCAGGAUCCGAUGAAUAUUGAUCAACCGGAAAUGGAUGAAAAUGAAGAAAAAUGUACUAAAUAUUUCUUUAUAAUUAUUAAAAAAAUUUCAGUCGCAGUUCCGAAGGUAAAGCUUCCAGAAGGGACUUCAGAGUACCAGGCUAGUUGGUUAAUCGAUGAUGAUUAUGACGAGGAUAAUGAUGAGGAGGAAGAAUCUGAUAAGAGUGAUUCUGUCGAAGACGAAGACUAUGGAAACGACUUGCAUGGAACGGAAAAUGGUUUCUGUGCACAAAUGGAGGAUGAAAAUUUUUCUCAAAAUGGAGAAGGUGAUUCUCAUUCUGUCGUUGAGAGUGCCACAAUGGACGAAUCAAUAGAUUUGAACGACAUUGAUAUUAAUGAUGAUCAUCAGAAAGAGUUAUUUAAAAAAGAACGUGAAAAUCGUCAAUGGCCUGAUGAAGUUGAGGCUCCUGAGGGAAUGAGUGCACGUGAUAGGUUUAAACGUUAUCGAGGACUGAAAAGUUUUAGAACAAGUCCAUGGGAUCCAAAAGAGAAUUUAACAAAGGAUUAUGCACGGAUCUAUAAAAUUUUAAAUUUCAAAAGAACGAGGAAACUUGCGCUUGAGGCAGCAAAACAAUCGUUUCAGUCAGCUGAUGAGUGUGACGAACAGUUUUGUACUCCCGGUGCCUACAUUACAUUGUAUGUCAAAGAUGUGCCCCGUUCAUAUGAAACCCAUAUUUCUUCCACACAAUCUCCUUUAAUUGUUUUUGGUCUACUCAAAAAUGAACAUAGAAUGUCUACCUUAAAUAUGAUUUUACAUCGAUAUCCACCAUUCAAUAAACCUGUCAAGAAUAAGGAAGAAUUACUCUUUCAAGUUGGAUGUCGUCUUUUUACUGCAAAUCCUGUAUUUUCACAACAUACAAAUGGGCAGAAGUUUAAGAUGGAACGUUUUAUGCCUUCAUCUGGAGCAUUUUGUGCCACUGUUUUUGCUCCAAUCACCUUUCCACCCUCAAAUGUUUUAGUUUUCCGGCAAUGUUCCCCUGAAAAACUUCAAUUAAUUGCAAAAGGAAUUGUUCUUGAUUCAAAUCCUGACAGAAUUAUUCUCAAACGAGUGCGACUCUCCGGUCAUCCAUUCAAAGUAAAUAAACGGACAGCAGUUGUGAGAUAUAUGUUCUUUAAUAGAGAAGAUAUAGAGUGGUUUAAACCCGUUGAGUUAUACACACAUAGUGGAAGGCAUGGACGCAUUAAACAACCAUUAGGUACUCAUGGCUUGAUGAAAUGUGUUUUUGAUCGUCCAUUGAGUGUGCAAGAUUCAGUUUUAAUGAAUUUAUACAAAAGAGUUUUUCCAAAAUGGACAUAUAAUGCCGAAACUAGAGGAAAACAAUUUUGCAUUUCUGAUGAAGCAGAUGAUAUAUUAGAAGAAGAAUGGACAGGAAAGAAGGACAAAGUAAGAUGGGAUGAAUUUAUGGAUGAUGAAUAA